UUGGCAAUCAACCUUUGAUCUUUGUGAAUCUUCACUAUCACUUGGACACGUUGUAUUGACAAGUAAACUUGUAUUGAACAUUCAUAGCAUGUUUCACAUCACACGAAUAAAAUUUAUUUAUAACCAUAGAAGGAUGAAACUGCAGCUUCUUUGUCUGUUAGUGGUGGUAGCAAGCGUGUGGGCUGCCCCAGAGGAUAUCAACCACGGCACUCCAGUCAAGCAUGGAAAACAGGACCAUGAAAAGGAUGGGCACCAUAACAUCCACUUUGAUCAUGAGGCGAUAUUGGGUUCCUAUAAACUUGAACAGGAGUUUGAUGAACUAGAACCAGAAGAGGCCAAACGAAGGCUCGGACUUCUUUUCCAGAAAAUGGACAAAGACCAUGAUAUGUUUGUGAACAAGGAUGAACUUGUAGACUGGAUCAUGAUGUCUUUUAAGUUACUUGACGAGGAGGAGGCUGUUGAGGAUCUGGAAGAAAACGACCAGGACGGGGACGGUCAGCUCACCUGGGUUGAGUACCUAAAGGGCCACUUUGCGUACACUCCCGAGGAUAUUAAGGAAAUGAGGAAAAACGGUCGGGAUGACAUUCAAACGUUCCUGCUGACAGUUGAUGAGGAAGAAAGAAAAUUCAAGGCUGCUGACAUGAAUAAGGAUGGAAUUUUGACCCGUGAGGAGUUUGUGGCCUUCUAUCAUCCAUACAACUACGAACACAUGCACAUUAUCGAGCUGCAGCGAGUAAUGCGGGAACAUGACAAGAACAAAGAUGGCUUCCUCUCACUUGAGGAGUAUCUUGGGAGUAAUUCACAAGACAAAGAUUGGGAAAUCGUGGAAAAAGAGCGAUUUGCUGAGUUUGAUCGUAACAAGGAUGAGUUGCUGAAUUUCGAUGAGAUAAAACCAUGGGUGUUGACCGAUAAUCGGGAUGAGGCGGUCGAGGAAGCAGAGCAUCUCUUUCAGACGGCAGACCUUAACGGGGAUAAUCGUCUCACGGAGCGCGAGAUGGUGGAUGCUCACGAGGAAUUUGUCGGCAGCCAGGCAACUGAUUAUGGACAUCAUCUACAUUUCGUUAAGCAUGUGGAUGAGUUGUAGUUCUUUCAAAGGGUGCAAAGCAAAUCUUUUGUAUUUGCUAGUUUGUGGAUAUAUAAAAUGGUGUAUUUUGAAAGGAUGAAAAUAUGAGUAUAUUUGUGUAACUUAUGAUUAUUUGUUGGGUAAAUUGUACCAGUUUUGUGUAAUUUUUUAAUUGUCUGUUCAAGUAUUAAGCAUGUAUACGUUUGUUUGAAUUUGACUGUUUGUUUUUAUCCAGUCAUACGUACGAUUGUUAUUCCAGUUAUAUAUGCACAGAUAUAAAUGUGCUGUAAACAUUGAACAGAUAUUUUCACAGGUAUUGAUUUAUGCAUUUGAUCCACAGACCAGAAAUAUUGGAUCGUAUGAACAAAAUUUAGAAUUUUGCGGUUCAUAAAACAACUUUUUAACGAUUUUUUUAAAACAUUUUAUGGACAUCAUUUCAGAUGUCUACAAGAACUAGAGUUGCCUGACAUGACUUGCAUGUUUUUUAAUCUUGUUUUAUAAUGAAUGUUGGUGAAAAUUUGUACAUUGUGAUUGUUUAUGAGUUGUUUGCUAAUAACAGAUAUAUAUUUUGUAUUGAAUAAUGCAUUAUACAUGUAGCUCUGAUGAUGGACCAAUAUAUUCCUGUUACUGUUUCCGUGACAAUUGAGAAAUGGCCAACAUAUCAUUGUUUCUGGUUUGGUUAUGAAUGCAAUAAAGUUGAAACCUGUUGGGGCGAACUGACAGGGACCUGGAAAAACAUCUUGAGCCUUGGGAAAUUCGAGCCAAGCGUGAAUCAAUAGUUAAGUAAAAUGAAAUUGAUCCUUUACAUUCUGAUUCAGUUUGAGAGAUCGAGGAAAUUGAGGCAAGCAAGUUCGAGGCAACAGGAUUCGACUGUAUUUGAGAGUUACACAUGUACUAUAAACUAAGCAAUACCAACAGUUGGACAAAUUUCAUAUUGGCACCAAAGUCGCUUUAAAUACAUAAAAUUGUGCAAGUUAAUGUCUAUAAUUGAUUGUUGACUUUUUAUAAAGCAAAUUUAGUCUGUGUAUUGUUAAGUAAAACAAACCAACAAAAAACGAUGUUACAUUUUCUUAGUAUUUGUGCAUUUGCCUUGACUUCUAUCAGUGCAUAGGAAGAUCUCAAAAUAAUCCACUUCAUAAAAGAAAUAGUUGACUAAAUGGUUGUUUCCGUUUUAGGCUUUCUAAAUCAGAAUUAAUCCUGCAAUUCCAUUGGGGAGUAGAUCUUGGACAGUCAUGAUUUUUGCCAUGUUUAUGCAGACAGAUGCAUAAAAAAAACAUUAUUCUGACAAAAUCAUAAAUAGAGCAUAAUUAUUUUCUGCUGAAUAGUAGUUCAUUUAAAUGCCAAAUAAGAGCUUUAAUUUGAAUAAUUAUUGUUUAAAAUUUUUAUUAAAACAUUCAGCAGAAUAAUUGAUCACAAAUUAGCUCAUUUGAAGCGAACGUCCAAGAACUAGAGUUUGACCAUAAUUGUUUACCUUAUUUCUAACUACAGAAAAUAGAGAUAUAAUAUUCCAUUUCAGCUUAUUUUAACAAAAGGAGCUGAAAUUCAUCUCAAGAAAUCAGACUGGUAUCUUGAGAAAAAUUCAAAAUGUGUCCAUGAUCUUCUCCCCUCCCGAUAUAACUUCUAUUUCAUUUAUUAGUCUUGAUCAAUUUGAUGGACGUUUUUCCAUUUGGUAAUUUUCUCUGGAAUUUUCUGGUUAUCUACCUGUAAACAGCGAAACUUUUGUCAUAUUUUUCCCCUUAAAAAUAUAAAAAGUAUUUGUAUCAUGAUAUAACAAUUGGUUUGAUAUAUUAGGAGCUGAUUGUUCAGAACUUCGUUAAAAAUAACAACAUUGUUAAUGUUAUUAUUGUUAACUUUCGUUAAUUUAUACUUCUGAAAGUUACAUAGACACACUAAAAAUAUGCAGUACUGUACUACUAACAAGAUUCAAGUCAACUGUUUCAGCUGUACCUAGGAGCAUAUCAUAGAAAAAAUCACAUUUGAAAUUUGACAACAGUUUUGUUAACAUUGUUGUUAACAAUGAUGUUAACUUUAUGGAAGUUGUUAACUUUAUGAAAGUUCUAAACAAUCAGCACUAGGUCUUAGUUAACUUCAUGAUUUUACUGAUGCCAGUAUUUGUACCGCAUUAUAAGAUGCUAUUUGAAAUCCUAACUUCAUACUUAAUAAAUACCACAUCUCAUUCACAAAAUUGGAUGUACAUGUCUGUUAUACAUGUAUUGAUUUGUAAUUCAUGACACUGAAUAAUACUUUUUACAAAUAUAUGUGCAAUAAUAUGUUGUGUUGAUAUGUUGUGGCAACAUAUAUGUGUGAAAAUUUAAGAUGGUGCUGCUGGCAAUUUCAGUAUUGUAACAUGACAAUGUUUAACAACGUUUAACAUAAUGAUGAAUUGCAGAGUGUAUCUGUAUCUUCAUGGUUGUAUUUCUUUAUUUUGAAAGCAAUAAUUGCUUUACAGAAAUGGUAAAAUAAUACACUCUUGGGCCAUUGUAUCAAAGCUAUUAAACUAUGAUUGCAUCCUUGAAUCGAUAUUUCUGAGUAGUUAUAAUAUCUAUUAAAAAGCUUACCUCUUUGUGUGUUAUUUUACAAGAAAUUUGUCUGAUGUUUUCAAGUUUUUUUAACCAUUUUUGAAAAUGUUUCAUUUGUUUUCUUCCAUACAUUAAUUUUGCAUCAGAACACUAAGUAUGCAGAGCUAAAACAUUCAAUAACUAGCUAUUCACUUAUACCGCAUGCUCGUUAUUGAACGUUGUCUUUGACAACAUGGUUCUAAACAUUUAAAUCUCCUGAUUGCAAACAUACACUGGCACUGAAGCCCUCAUGUAUAAUAGAAAUAACUCGGGUUGUUGGUGCUGUAACAACUGGAAAUUUCUGACAUUCACUCAAUGUUUAACUAAAAGUAUUGAUCUAAGACUACAUUUAUUUUAUUGUAUGCUCGUUGAUGAAAUGGCCUAAGAAAGUGUAGUUACUUGCUGUUUUGAAAUCUUUUAUUAAUAUUAUUUUUUGACAGAUAUAUUGGAUAUGUGUUUAUGUUCUUGGCAAAGUGUAAAAUAACUGAAACAACCAACAAUAGUAGGUAAGGAUAUCUUUUACAUAUGAAAUCACCAUGGUUAUUUCCUUUGAUCAAAUUUACAUGUUUUAUUUUUCUGGAUAUAUUAUAGCUAAUAAACUAUAGAUCAUU